UUGGGUAGAAACUUGCGCAAUGCCGUUAAGAAACUGAACGCUACCGCCAAGGUCGACACAAUCAUCGCUGAGAACCCGGGCAGAUCGCUAGACGAGUUGGUUGCCGAGAACAAGAUUAACGCCGACCAGAGAGCUCAAGCCUUGAAGAAGCCUGCUCUUCAAGCCACCGUGGCUCAGCUCGAGGAGAAGAUCGGACACUACAAGCAAGUCACCGCGCACUACGAAGAGCGCCUGACUAGUCAGAAGACCGCGUUGGACAAGGCGCACAAGGAGGAGGUUGAAGCCUUGCGCGAAAAGGUGUUGGCCGAAGCCGCGGAAACCAGCAAGAACCGCUUCACCGAGCAACUGCUCACCCUGAGCAAGUUCCUCUGCGCUGCGGCUAGUGUGAGACGCUCCGGUGAUGAGACCUCCACCGACACCCGCGCUUUCGAGGGCGUCUUGUUCCAGGUUUAUGGCGGUACCCAGGAGGCUGUUGCUUCCAUGUUGAAGCUGAUCGACGGAGCGGAUGAGAAGGUUGUCAGCGUGGAAGGGGAAACGCUUGAAGUUACCUUCGCCAAGGUGAAGCAGCUUUCCGAGAGCGGUACUGAGGGCACUACUGCUGCCAGCGAGCAGGCAGCCCAGGCCCAGGUCACUGACUGCACCGUGGCCAAUGCUGGCCUGACGGAACUCCAGGACUCCGCCUUGACUGCUGGAGCCGUUGUCGCCACCCAGUCCGAGGCCGCUCCUCCCGCGCAAACUCUUGUCUCGGAUGCUGCCAAUCCGCUCGCCGAGUCCGCAUGGGAGCCCACUGCUUCGUCCCCCUCUGCGAAUGCCGAUGGCUGGGUGGAAGUGCCUCGUGACCCUGCUGAGACCGAGACCGGUCUGCAAGCGACUCCUGCUCAGAUCGAAACCGGCCUGAAGAGCGAUUUGCCCGCUACACAGCCUACUGGUGCCUGGGCAGAGGAACCCGUAGCCUCCCCUAAGCAGGGCACCGACGGCUUCGAGCCAGUCGUCCACCACCAGAGACAGAACAGCGGACGGGGGCGCGGUCGGGGCCGUGGCCGCGGCGAUGGAUCCCGUGGUCGUGGACCCCGCGGCGAUUUCAGAGGCCGUGGCCGUGGUCGUGGAGAGUUCCGUGGUGGCAACCGUGGCCGCGGAGGC